UCCCAAGGAGAUGAUAUUUUUCCAGGGCGUGGUAAUGCAACAAUUAAGCAGAAUGGCGUGGAGUACAACAUUUAUCGCGCUGUUGGAUUUGGUGUUCACGUGUCAGAGGACCAUUUCAAAGGCCAACGAGGCAGCCCUCUCCACGCGACACUUUGACGACUACUCGAUGAAGAACACCAAGCUGGCGAAGCAGAUCAACAAGUUCCUCCUGAAGAACCUGCACCAGAAGAAAAAGUUCUCCGCGUUCGGCUUCUUCAACAUCGACAACAGUGUAAUCUACACGGUAUUCAGCUCCAUCAUCACCUAUCUCGUGAUACUGAUACAGUUCAAGCAGCUGGAGAACGAUUUGACCCAUGGCAACAGCGGCAACGAAACCAUUUCGGCGGCGGGUGGCAGUACAUAAGUUAUGUGUGCGUUAUCUUGGGGGAGCGAGCGAUUGUAUCAUAAGAAACUGCACGCACAGAUUGUGAGGGAGCACUACUUUUUGAAAUUUGCACCCUGUUUUCGCAUUAAGUGGACCUUGAGACUAGGCCAAGUAUGUCAAUCAGACUCGAUAAGCACUCCAAAGUUUGACACGUUGACCGUUAGAAGUCUAUCUAGUAAGAAACAUCUAUGUGAAACAUUUGGAACUCUAAAAAAUAGUAAGAAGUACAGUUUGACAAUUUGGUAUUGACAGAGUGAACUCGCUAAUUGGAACGACUGACAGCUGUCAAAAACAAACAACCACGAGCUCGGAAAUAGUCUCUUAUAGGAUCCCAGCAUAGCAAAUUGUUUGGAAGCGGAAAAUGUUGGAUAGACCUCAAAAUGUUCCUAUGCAAUGGCCAGGCCUACUGCGUCGAGUUAACCGCAGAGAUGAUUCGUUGAAAAAAUGUGGAUUGAGCUUGAGCAGAGAGAAUUUGAAAAUGUGAACGUUUGUAUAAGAUUUUCAAACUCGCAGACGCGCCGCCUUGGUUUGAAUGGAGAAUUAGGUGGUUCAUUAAUUUUGUUUACAAGUUGAUUUUUGCAUUAAACCUUACAAGGAUCUAACAGCUUUGCUUCUUAAUUCAGCAAAUUGAAGCAAAUUCAACGGCAAUUUACAGUGUAGUUUUCCACAAAUCUACAUGAUAAUCGAAGUGUACAAAUAUAAGCGAUUCUUGGAUAAAAGCGAUCCCUUAUGAUUUGGAACAUAUGUUAAUAAAAAAGGCUGUUGAGUCAAAAUUACGGCUAACAAAAAUUUAUGUCAAAAAGUGUAGCGUCACACCAAAACUUUCCGCUGAAAGUAUAACAAUCAGUUUUAUUAAAACACUGUUUGCCAAAAUAAAAAA